AUGGGUUUAUUUGCAGAGGAAAAAAGAGAGCGCGUUAAAGGCGUGUACGAUGCGCUGUCAUCAGUCGUAAAUGAAACACUGCACACAGGGCCAUUGCAGUCUAUGCAGACAGAAAAGUAUUUGAUUACUCCUAAGGAUAUACUUCCUGAUGAACUAUAA